AUGAAUCAAGAGCCUUUGUUUGUUGGCUUCAUCGGUCUAGGGACCAUGGGCUUCCCAAUGGCGAGCAACCUAAUUACCAAAUUACCUGACGGGUCCAAGAUGUACAUCUACGAUGUCUCUGCGGAUGCCAUGAACAGAUUUAAAGAAAAACAUUCAGAGUCGGUCAUCUCCUGCAGCUCAUCAAAGGAGGCCACUGAAAAUGCUACCACCGUCUUCACCAUGGUCCCCGAAGGCUCCCACGUCCGCGCCGCAUUCUUAGACCAAGAAAACGGGAUCCUCGCCGCGAGCCCAGCACCCAGACACCUCGUCGACUGCUCCACCAUAGACAGGGAGACAUCCCUCGCCGUCCUGGCCGAGACCCGCCAGCGCCACCCGCAGGCCACCUUUGUCGACGCGCCCGUGUCAGGCGGAGAAUUGGGCGCGCGCGAGGCCACGCUCACCUUCAUGGUCGGCUGCAGCGAGGACGCCCCGGCGCUCCCUGCGCUGCGCAGCCUGCUGGGCCUCAUGGGCCGGCACGUGAUCCCCUGCGGCGGACCCUCGCUGGGCGUCACGGCCAAGCUGACCAACAACUACUGCUCGGCCAUGAUCUCGCUCGCGACGGCCGAGGCCAUGAACCUGGGGAUGCGCGCCGGCAUGGACCCGCGCCUGAUCCAGCGCGUCUUCUCCCGCAGCACGGCGCAGUCGGCCAUGUGUGACAGGUGGAACCCCGUGCCGGGCGUGUGUCCUGCCGCGCCGUCCAGUCAUGGGUACGAGGGCGGGUUCAAGAUCCAGCUGAUGCGUAAGGAUGUUGGCCUGGCGGUACAGGUGGCUGAGGAUGUGGGGGCGAGGCUGGUGCUGGCGGAUUGUGGUUUGAAGGCGUAUAUUGAGGCCAGCGAGGAUCCGAGGUGUAGAGACUUGGACUCGAGGGUGAUUUAUCGUUUCUUGGGGGGAGAGGAGGACUGGGAAGAGAAGAAGAAGAAAAAGCUGGAGAAGGAAAGUAAUAAUUAG